AUUCAUAUACUGUUGCUCCUCCAAGUUUGUAUAGUUAAGUUAUCGUAUAGUUAAGUUAUAAUACGGUUAAGGAGUCUUAUAAAGCAGAUAUAUGAUGGCGUCAACUUCAUCAAACGAACAAAAUGACUUACCACCAUCCAAUAGGCCACUGAAACUUCAUCAUAAUCGAAAGAAAUCCAAUUCAAUAUCGAAUGCCGUAUUGGCUAACCAACGGAAUCAUAUUAAAAAAGUAAGUUUCAAUCAUGGAUCCACUAGUAAUUUGAUUAUGGCAAGUCCAUCACCUAAUUAUGCAUCAUCAAAUUCCUCAUCAAAUUCCUCAUCGACUCUGUCUCCAUCAGAUUCAUCAAAUGAAGAUGACCGGGGCGAAGAGAAGAUUGAAAAACGUCGUCAUUCUAAUUUAACAAGCCAACUAUCUAAAUUAGAUGAAAAUCAAGAAACCAAAUCAACAAAUCAUUCUUUAAAGAAAAAACCAUCAGGAUCUCAUUUAAGAUCAAAUCCUCAAUCACGGUUAACUCGUUUUACUUCGUAUCCAAAUGAAAAAAUGAAUAUCAGUAAAUCAUUGGAUUCUCAUUUAUCAAAUAAUUUCAAUACUAAUACCCCCAAUAAUGAUUCAAAUACAAUCUUACCCGAAUUUAAUAAACGACCUUUAACUGAUACUCCAAUAGUAUCCAGUAUGGGAUCUCCAAUUACAAAAUAUCAAUCAAGUGAUUAUUAUGAUACCGAUGAUGAUAUGGACGAUAAUAAAAAAACCAUUGACGAAAAAUUAAACUCAAACUCAAAAAGACCAAUCUUAAAGACUAAAAAUAUCUCUCAUUUAAAUUUGACGGACUUGGAUGAUAAACUGAAUUCAAGCUCGGUUUCUCCAAUGACCUCCACUACAAAUGUCAGUAAAAAGGAGGAAAAAUCUAAUAAGUUAUCGAAAACAAAAUCAAGUGAACAUCGAUUAAAUCUAGAUGAAGAUGUCCGGGCGGAUUUAUUACACGAUGUUCCUAUUGAAUUACAACAAGAAUUUGAAAAAACUCCUUCACUAGAACAAUUGAAAAAUUUAUUAUUAACAAAACCUCCUCCUCCUGCUCAUAAAGCUUAUACGUUGAAUAUCCCCGGACAAACUUCUUCUAAAACAAGUCCUGAUGGUCAUAUUGCUUCCGUUGAUGUUGGUUCUAAAUUAGUUAUUGUAAUGGUUGGUUUACCAGCAAGAGGUAAAUCUUAUAUUACAAAUAAGUUAACCAGAUACUUAAAUUGGUUACAACAUGAUUGUAGAGUUUUCAAUGUUGGUAAUACUAGAAGAAAAGAUAAAAAUAAUAGUGGUCCUGAAGCUAAUCCUUUACCCGAUAUUAACACUCCUCAAAAUGAAUCUCAAAAUAAUACUAAUAAUAAUAGUCCAGCAUUAAAUACUAAAGAUGAAGAAGUUGUUGUUAAAAAGGAUUCAAAUUCUCAUAAUGCCGAUUUUUUCAAUCCAAAUAAUAAAAAUUCAAAUACUUUAAGAGAAAAAUGGGCAAUGGAUACCUUAGAUCAAUUAUUAAAUUAUGUUAUUGAUGGUUCGGGUAGUGUUGGUAUAUUUGAUGCAACAAAUUCAACUAAAUCCCGUCGUCUUAAAGUUUUGAAAAGAAUUCAACAAAGAUCAAAAGGUGAAUUGAAAGUUUUAUAUUUAGAAAGUAUUUGUUCUGAUCCUUCCAUUAUUGAAUCAAAUAUAAGAUUAAAAUUAAGUGGUCCUGAUUAUAAAUCCAUGGAUCCAGAAGUUGCAUUAAAAGAUUUUGUUGGAAGAUUACGUAAUUAUGAAAAGGCUUAUGAAACAAUUGAUGAACUGGAAGAAUCAAUUCCAGGGUUUCAAUAUGUGAAAAUGAUUGAUGUUGGUAAAAAAGUUGUUAGUUAUAAUAUUCAAGGUUUUUUAGCAUCCCAAACAAUUUAUUUUCUACUUAACUUUAAUUUAUGUGAACGUCAAAUUUGGAUCACUAGACACGGUGAAUCAGUUGAUAAUUUAAGUGGUAGAAUUGGUGGAGAUUCUCAUUUAACUAAGCGUGGUCAAAAAUUUUCGAAAACUUUAGCAAAUUUUAUGGAUUAUCAAAGAUCAGAGUUUAGAAAACAACAAUUAGAAAGAUUUAGUACAAGAUUAGAAUUAAAAUAUAAUUCAAUUUUUGGAGACGACUCAAAUGAAUCUUCGAAUGAUGAUGAUCAAAAAUUAGAUAAUAUCCCAACUGAACCAAAUUUCUGUGUUUGGACAUCGAUGUUAUUUAGAGCAGUGGAAACCGGGAAAUAUUUUGAUGAACAAUUAUUUUCAAUUAAAGAAAUGAGAAUGUUAAAUGAAUUAGGUGGAGGUAAAUUUGAAGGUUUAACUUAUAAUGAAAUUCAAAAAAAAUAUCCAAAAGAAUUCGAUAGCAGAUUGAGAAAUAAAUUAACUUACAGAUAUCCUGGAGUCGGGGGUGAAUCUUAUUUAGAUGUUUUAACCAGAUUAAGACCUUUAAUUACUGAGAUUGAAAGAACUACCGAUCAUUUAUUGAUUAUUAGUCAUCGAGUUGUUUUAAGAAUUUUAUUAGCUUAUUUUUUGAAUUUAGAUAAAUCUUCAAUUGGUGAGUUAGAUGUUCCUUUACAUACUUUAUACUGUUUGGAACUGAAACCUUACGGUACUGAUUAUAGAAUGUAUGAGUAUGAUGAAAGUUUAGAUUGGUUUGUUAAAAGAGAACCCGAGCAUCAAAAAAAUAUGAAGGAAGUUGGGGUCCUUUUCAAAGAACGUAAGUACUCAGUGGUGCCAACUGCUCCUCCAUCUUCUAAGAGAAAUCGUCCCAAAACAGUCGCUGCUCCAAAUGCAGUUGCUAAAGAUAAACAAAAUGAUGCCGCCGUUGGUAAUUUCAGUCUAAGAAGAAGCUUAAGCUUUGGUGCAAGACUGGCUUCUUCUCCUUCUACUACCGAUGAUCAAGAAAGUGCUAAUAAUAGCUUAUCUAAAAAAUUAGAAGAUUUGAAAAACUUGAGAACUCCUUGAUCAUCUUGCAUUCUCUUCUCUCUUAUGAUCACAUGUGUAUAUUAAAAAAGCAUUAACGUCAUUGUCAUGAUUUAAC